CCCAUGUGUACCGUGGGCUUACUUCCCCAACAGCACGCACUGCAUCGUGCGAACUCGCCCCCACACACACCGCCGCCGCCGCCAGCACCGACGCCGGAGGGCGGCCGGAAGAUGGCCUCGCUGGCGAUCCCCGACGAGCUACUAGUGGACAUCUUCCUCCGCCUCGCCACCCCAGAAGACCUCAUCCGCGCCUCCGCCGCCUGCGUCUCCUUCCGCCGCCUCAUCGCCGACCGCAAAUUCCUCCGGCGAUUCCGCAAGAUCCACCCCCCGCCCCUCCUCGGCUUCCUCGACCCAGUUGUUCACCGCUUCCACCCCGCCGUCCGGCCUCACCGCUCCGCGCCGGCGGCCGGCGCCGUCGCCCUCGCCGCCGACUUCUCCUUCGCCUUCCUCCCCGCCCCCGGCCCCCCCCCCCCCUUCACCUUCCUCCCCGCCCCCGCCCGGGACUGGUCCGUGCGGGAAGUCCGCGACGGCCGCGUCCUCCUCGACAGACCCCGCCGCCACGACUCCGGUGAUGGGUUGGAUGCCCUCUUCAAAGAGAUGGUGGUGUGCGACCCCCUGCACCGGCAGUAUCUCCUGCUCCCCCCCAAUCCCCGACGACAUGGCCGCUCCGGUUGCGGACCACCUCAUGAUAUAUGGGCAGAGCUUCGCCGAGACCUUCCUCGUCCCUCCCGGCUACGACGACGAGGAGGAAGCUGCUACAGCUACGGCGGAGACGUCAUUCAGGGUGAUCUGGGUGGCGCUGCUCCAAGCUAAGCAGAUGGCCGUCGUCUUCUCUUCCCGCACAGGGCAAUGGCGAGCCCUGACUCGGAGCGUCUCGUUGCCUCUACCGGAUUUCACAGGGAUGGUUCACUUCAGGUCGCGCCAUUACGCCCAUGGCUGCUUCUACUGGAUUUCAGGUGAAAAAUUGCUGGUGCUUGACAUUCAGAGGAUGGAGUUCUCCAUGGCCGUCCACCCACCCUGUGCCAGAGCUCCGAGCGAUGAUGUGGCCAUCGCAGAGGCAGGCCAAGGCACGAUUCGGAUGUUUGUGCCUACACCCAACACAGCUCGCCGCAGUUUUACGGUUUGGCGAAACAAUGGUGGGAUUUCCACCCAGUGGCAGUGGCAGAUGGAGAAUGAGACAAUCUCGCUGCCUUCUGGGUCCUUGCUCACGGGUGCAGUGGGGAGGCACUUGCUCCUAUAUCAUGUCGGAAGCUCGUCGAUCAGGCGAGGCUGUUACACGCGCGGCGUCGACACAUUCCAGUUUGAGAGGGUGUGUGGUUCUGCUUCAUUGCCCAAACCGUCUCAUGCAUAUUGCAACUUUCCACCGUCGUUAUUAUCGGCACCGACAGUGUCAAGUGCCACACCCCACGCUGACGUCCAGGGAGAGGGGGGCGCUGUGCGGGUGCCUGAACUACAAGAAGCCGACCCUGGAGGCAUGGAAGUGCACGUCCUCGCAGCGGCCGCCCAGCUCUAAACUCCUUGUUCGUCGCGGGUGGUGUAGCUCGAGAGGGCGUGCAAGGAGGCGAGGGGCCUGCAGGUACCAGGGUGUCGAGGAGGACGACUGCGGCCAAGGGCAACAAGUCCUUCAGCUGGAGGGGCUGCUUCCCUUGGUUGUGAUAGCUGGUCUCAGAUCCUUUUGUGAGUUCAUUUUGCCUGAUGUGCUGUGCUGGUCUUUUGGUUUGUGCAAGAGUUGGGAUUGCGGAGCUUUCACCGCUGUACCAUGUUUGCUCUUUGCCGUCCCGUGCAACUGUUGCUUGAUGACUGGUCGACAGUGAAUUAGUACUCCCGGCUGAUCUUUUUUACUUCGCAUGUUAGUUUUGUCUUUACAUUACAGUUUGACCGAAUUUGUAAUGUUGAAAAAUAUCAGCAUCUACUAUAGCAGAUAAAUACAGUAUGAGAAAAGAAUACUA